CGGGAGAAGGGACACUUUGAUGGAUCCACGAGUCCGCAGCUGUGCCUUCCACCGCACCGCCGCCGAGGUCUCCCCGAGCCUUGCCCGUGCGCGCGCGGGGACAGCGGGGCAGGAGCGGGCCGCGAUCCGGAGGCAGCGGGACGGGACGACAGGGCGCCCGGGCUCCCUCCGCUCGGCCAUGGCCCCCUCGCCGCCGUGCAGGCCCCCGAGGUCGCCGCCGCCGCUGCUGCUGCUGCUGCUGCUGCUGAGCGUCGCGCUGCUGGGCGCCCAGGCCCGCGCGGAACCCGCCGCCGGGAGCGCCGUCCCCGCGCAGAGCCGCCCGUGCGUGGACUGCCACGCUUUCGAGUUCAUGCAGCGCGCCCUGCAGGACCUGCGGAAGACGGCCUGCAGCCUGGACGCGCGGACGGAGACCCUCCUGCUGCAGGCCGAGCGCCGGGCCCUGUGUGCCUGCUGGCCGGCCGGCCGCUGAGGACCCUCAGCCAGACUGCUCCCUCACCAAUAAACACCUGGCCCGGCA